GUCUCUCCUGCUCUGUCUGCACUUAAACUGUCUCUGCUUAGAACUUCACUAAGUCCAGAAGAGAUUGCAAGGAAAGCAGAGUGACAAAAGGUUUUUGGUGUGGAGUUGUGCUAUUUCCUUCCUUGGUUUUUCAAGUACCGAAGCUUUAAGGAGAACACUGCUGUUUUAUUGGAACAAAGGACUGUCUGAUCUGAAACUGCACGAGAAUUUUGCAGUUACCAGUUGGAUAGACGUCUUACUCUCAAUUUAAGAACAGCAGGUUUCUGCAGGUUUUCCUAGCUUUAUUACUUAGUGCUGGGUUUUGGUGCACACCUUUGUGCACUGUUUUUGGAUAUUUUUCUUCAGAGCUGCUAGAAUUUCCAGUGUUUCAGUUUAUUCAGCAGCUCAACUUGAGGCCUUUGGACCUUCCAGUUUUAUUUUGGACUCUACUCACAAGCUAGCAAUCCCACUCAGCAAAGAACAAAAGUAUAUAGACUCCUUCCAGUCAGUGGAACAGUUCCCUCUGUAGGAUUAUAUCUCUUUAUUUUAAUAUUGUUUUUUGUCUUGUUUGCCAGUUCUUUUCAGGGGGCUGAUGUUUCUCUGCAUGUUCUUGCUGUUUGUACUGUGCCUGGGUGUCUCCCAGUGCAGGGGCUCAUAUGUACAUUGUGAGGCGUGUGAUGAGAAGGCAUUAUCUCUGUGUCCUCCAACUCGAAUGGGGUGUGAACUGGUGAAAGAGCCUGGCUGUGGUUGCUGUAUGACAUGUGCACUUUCCGAGGGCUUCUCCUGCGGUGUCUACACUGAACCUUGCGCUCACGGGUUACGCUGCCUGCCCAGGCUGGGUGAAGAGAAACCCCUUCAUGCACUGCUUCAUGGGCGAGGUGUCUGUAUUAAUGAAAAAAUCUAUUGGGAAGAAAGAGAGAGACUAAAGGCAGAGGCCAAAGAGCCUGAGAAGCCAACAGUACCUGAGAUCACAGAGGAUACAUAUUCUGAGAAAGUUCGGCCCAAGCCAGCACAUCCACCAGGUCAUAAAUACGAGGCUCUGCUGAAGCAGCAGAGAAAGAAGCUGCAGUCAGCAAAGCUCAUUAGCUCCACAGAGAAUGUCGCCCAUCCACAGGAGUUCUAUCCUUACCCAGAAAUCAAGAUGGAGCUGGGCCCAUGCAGUAGACAUAUUGAGAGUGCACUGCGGGAGCUAAAAGCUGCAUCCAGAAUGGUCCCAAAAUCGAUUCACCUGCCCAAUUGUGACAGAAAAGGCUUCUACAAAAGAAAACAGUGCAAACCUUCCAGAGGACGGAAGCGUGGACUUUGCUGGUGUGUGGACAAGUAUGGUAUGAGACUGCCAGGCUCUGAAUUCAUCCGUGGAGAUGCACAGUGUCAAGGCUUUGAUACAAACAAUUCUGAGUGAGGAAAGCUUCUUUCAGUGAACUGAGGACCUUGGAAUCUUACCUGUUCUCAACUUAAAGAAACAGUCAUAAAAACAAACUUUUCAGCUGAACCCAUGUCAUUUACCCUUUCUCUGGUUUCAUAUCAUGAGUUAGGGAGGGAGGAUGUUUUAGCCCUUUUCUGGCUAAUUGUGGCUAUUGAAGCACUUGUUUUUCUUUUUUCUUUUUUUUUUUUUUUUUUUUUGUAACGAGGAAGUUAGUAGACAUUUCCUAAAGCUGACACUUCUUCAAACACAGAUGUGUUCGUAUGUUAAUGUAUAAAUUAUUAUAUUUCUGUCAUUUGUAUUAUGCACAGAAACCAUAAAUAUUCAGUUGAUGCGCAGGACUUUGAAAAGACACAGGCAGUUAUAUUUCUUUAAGAAAAGGUUUGCAUUGUCAGACUUGUUGACAGUCAUGGAGGGUAGAGUCAAAGACAUGAUGCCUUCCUGUGAAACAUUUCAAUUGAAACGAGAAUGCUUAACACAUGUUUAGUUAUGACUUUGAGAAAUGUUAUUGAUGACAAGCUGUGAUUUUAAUUUUCUGUAGCUGUUGUACAAAGAAUUUUGCAAACCUGAUUUUUUUUCUUCUUGCUGUUUUUCACAUGCUGUGUUUUAAAUGACAUGCACUCGGGCCUCUGAGAGACCUCUGCCUUGAAGCCACUAGAAAAGAACAAACUUCUAUUUUUGACAGGGGGGGACAUACUGCUUAGAAGCAGGUAGCACGUCCCUCUUUUCAGAUGUGGUCUUAGUGGGUAUUUAUUGUCCUUAAUAAAUUAAUCAAUGGAUACCUGUUACCAAAAAGGACCUUUUAUUUGGACAGCAUUCAUUAAACUGUGUGCUGUACUAUGGUAGUUGUGGGCUUUUAUGGGGAAAAGCAAUCUGUGCCAGACUCCUCAUCUCUCACCCCUGCUUACUCCUAUAGAACAUUGGUUCCAGACAGUGGGGUAACUGUAUAUAGGAACCAUGGUCAGAUGCUUGCAAAAGCACUCUAUAGAAGAGGUUGUUACAGUGGAACAGGAAGUUGAAGGUGGUGGACUGAUGCAAAGAAGACAGGCCGCAUGUGGUGGCACUGUUGUAAGUUAGCUGGAGGGAUUCAGAGAAUGUGCUAGAAGAUGAACUUGUCGGGUCUUCCCUAAACAUAUAAAAAUCCAGAAAGUAAUGAGAGGAUUCCAGGGAGAUGCUGUUUUUAUAGCAGCUAUCACAAAUAUUGGCUAGGGAAGAAACAUUAGACUGUGCACAGUUAGUAUCCACAAGGAUCAGUUAUGCUAGGAUGUGGCUUACUUAAGGUUCUGACUUUUUUGUUUUGAAUAUUGUGAGUGUUUGUACAUUUUUGCAGGCAGCUCAGAGUCUGAAAUGUAAAUCUUAUUAGGGAAACUCUGGAAGAAAUGUACACAUUUCAGAUGGCAUAUAUUCAUGUGGGUUAUCUAGACAAGAAUAUAAGUAAAUUAGAUGCACCGUUUAACUUCAUGGUGCACUAUUCUAAAUUGUUGCAGUUUUCUGUAACAAUUUGAUAGGUACAAGUUGCAUCUGUCAUUAUGCCCACAAAUUUUCUUUAUUUGCAUUUCUGCUGAUGAAAACACUGACUUGGAUGAAUCUGGUUUAAGUCAGUACAGAUGUUUUAUAUAUUGUAUUUCCCGUAGGUCCCAUCUGUUUUUCCUGCUCUGCAGCUUAACCUGUACUAGUCCCUUUGGUAGUAGCACAUGGAGUAAACACACUGCAUGUAACAGGAUGCAGUUAAGUUAAUGGAAGAGGCUGCAUUGUUGUUGUACCAGGACAAACAUUCUCUGCAGACAGUGUGUGCUCAUGGACACAGUCCACCUGGACUGUGGUAAGACAACCACUGACCUGUCUUGUGGUCUUAAGUAUCUGUUUAGUAUGGGCAUCUGAAAUGCACAUAUCUCAUAAAAUGUCACCUGAGUACCCUGCUGUUUAUGAAAUUGAAAUGCAGUUACAAUAAAAUGUCAAUUAUUGUAUUUCAAUUUUCCUUCUAAACUAAACUGGAAGUAAAAAUUUACCUUUACAGAUAUAGUGUACACCCUAAUGAAGUGUUAACUGUAGUGCUGUCCCUGUUUGCUCUGUGAAGUCACAGGACGAAUCAUGAAUUACUCUGCAACAUUUGAACUUCCAUUUUGCAGUUAAAAUUCAUGAACUGUACAAUUCAUCAACUUUUCUGACUUUCACAAAACAUUUAAGAAGUCAAGUUGUGAAAAAUGUAUAUUCCAGCAAUCAGGUGGAGUAACAUUGAAUACAAGGACUAGUGAAUGAGGUGUUUCAUACAUUAUAUAUUACUCUCAGUGGUCUACUUAAUAUGCUGCAGCCAAAUUCUGACUAUGCCAGCUAGAGUCUGACUAGUGGGGACUCUCAGGGAAUACAGACGAGAAGCAGGAAUCUCAUUAAACACCACUCUCACAAUGUGGACAGCCCAUUGUAAAUGCUCUGUAGUAAAUCUACUGGCUGGGCUGAUAUAUUAAUGAAGAUAGUAGAAGGAGACAAAAUGAAGGUAGAAGAUGCUAGCAGCCUGACUGUAGCACAACUGAUACUGAGACCAUCCAAAACCAGAUAAACCUUGACCACACCAAGUAGCUGGAAUGCUAGUACUGGGGCAUUAAUUUGUUGCAUGCAUACCUGAAGAAUGCUGCAAAACACUGCAGAAGGUCACAUUACUAGAGAAUAUUCUUGAACCUUAAGUAUAGCUACAUUUUGCUGUACCAGUAGGAUAUUCUAAUUUAAGCAUGUUGCAAAAAACUGUGGCCCAAAUAAUAAGUGAUGUAGUUUUUUUUUUCAUCAUAGUAAAGUAUUUGAACAUGUGGUCACCUACGGAGUGGUUAUUGUUCCUGUUGUAUAGUUUAGUGUUGUGGGAUGUUGCAGACAGUCAGAGUUCCUUUCAUCAUGGUAAUACUGUGUUAUAGUGUGUUUCUGGAAAAUUGUUCUACCACAUGUGGUAUCCCACUAAUAUAUAAAAUGAAAGGCUUUGUGUGAACUGAAGAGACUUUGGUCACUUCUUUAAUUUCUUACACUAAGUGAUUCUGCAGUACCUUUUUUGCCCAUUCACAGAAUUACUGUUUGGUGUUCCCAUGUUUCAUGGUGUUCUUGUUUAGAUGACUUUCUCACAUGCUCCCAUAUACAUCUCAGAAGCAGAGCUGUAGCGUCUCUUUUCCUACGUCAAGCCUUUCACAUAUAGCAAAAAAAAUAAAUAAAUAAAAAUGCUAGAUUAAAUCCUAUGGCCAUAAAGUAUGCGGCACUUUUUGUAACCACACUGUACUUCUGCAUCACUCCAGUCACCCACAGGUGCUAUCCCUUGGAUUUGGUUAGAGUUCAAAUGGCAGAACCCCCUGUCUCCCUACAAGACUAGCCAAGGAAUAUUGUGUGCAAUAUCUGGGGUCAAGAUUCCAAAUGUUUCAAAGGGCACUGUAGAUUUGUUUAGGGAAAAGUAUAAAUAAGCUAUAUUUCUACAAAAAGAAUUAUGUUGUUUCUGUUGUUUGCUGUCAUUUGUUUAUACUUUGCAUCCUGGUAAAAAAUAACCAAGCUUGAAAGAGAACAUAAUGACACGGAUUAUUUUUAUCCAAAGAAGGCACCUCCCCACUGAGAGAGAACUUGAGGCUGGGUAGUCACACUUAACACUUUGAAGAGCAUGGAUUCGGAAUGCACUUGGAUUUUCAUCUUCCUGACUUGUUUCAAAGUGCAGCAAUUGACCCAGACUGGUUACUGGAACCAGGCAAUGUUAUAAUCAGCAUUCCUCAAAUACAACUACUUCUGCUGAAUCUUAUGAGAACUUGCAUCUGUAAAACAUGCCUUAAGACUGGAUAUUUUAUGUUAUCAGUUUAUUGUGAAAUGCAAAUCCAGAAACAAGCAACUGUUUGUGUAGAUCAUUGCAAUUACAAAUGUGUGUAGCAAAACUGGAUGUACUCAAUUUGUAGUCAGUGUUUUUGAAUUCUUUACCAGCAGUUCAUAUUGUAUGCUAAACCCCAAAAAAUAUAUGUUUUUGUAGGAAGUUAAACUAAGUCAGGAACAGAUUUUAAAGUCUUUGCAUGUAUUAGAAUUUCAAAGCUCUUAAUUUCUGGCAUAGUUUCAAUUGAAUAACACAUAUAAUCCUGAUGCACAAACAGCUGUCCAGGUCAGCACAUUCUUUAAGGCAUUAUGAGUUUGAGUUUUAUCUGUACUUUGCAGAGUGUGAAGUAGAUUGAGCUGAAGCCUGUCCCAAGUAUAAGUCCCUGAUCAUUUCCUGACACAAACUCACUGCUGCUGCAGCUUCAGUUUGCCUGAUGGUAGAGAAUCCAUUUAUGUGGGAUUUUCUCUUUUCUCCAUGGAUAUGUAACACUAUCAUUAGUAUACAUAAGUAAGGGGAUGUGAAGGGUGUGGGAUGGCUUGUUUUUUUUAUAGCUUUCAUUGAGCUGAAUCUUCAGUCAAUAUGCAUUUGCCUGCUUGAAACUUCAGAGAACUUACACUCAACAAAAUGUAUGUACAGGAAGCAAGUUACUAGUUAAUACAUUUAAUGGGAGGGACAAAAUCUUAGCUACUCUCAACAUAUGUGUUAUGUGGAUGAUACCCAGCCAUGGGAUAUUCACCAGAGAUGCGUUAGCAUAGUCAGGUCUCUUUGUGCUGGCUGGAUAUAUGUUGUGCAGUCCUUUCUUUGUCUGAUUUCCCAUAUUCCACAGUCAGAGCAGAAGUAAAUAGUUCUUCAAUUUGUACAGUUAUUUAUCAGCUGUUUCUGUUAUGCUGCAGCAGUUACAUUUACCUUCUUCGUUUUCAGACAAUCGCAGUCAUAUCCAAAAUAACAGAAUGGCUGAACAUGUCAUUGUUUCUUACAUCUGAAGUUUUUCCCCAAGUUGCAAAAUCUCAAAUGUCCUACCUCAAAAGCGUAUGUAUAAUACACAAACACCAUUUUUUAGAAGUUGAGAUGGUGAUAUUACUUCAUCAGUUUUGAAACGCUAUCCUAUUGUCCUUCGAAGGUCAGCUAGACAAGGUUGGAACUCAUCAAGUUAAAAUCACCAAUAUUGAACUAUUUGCUUGCUGUUUCUGCUAGAAAGUCAGUGUCAGUGCAUUUUCUAUCUGUGCACCAGAUGUGAUUAACUGAGACGGGGCUUUUUUCCCAUUUUCUCCUUGAUUGUACUAUCAUGGAGUUGGUAUAUUUAAGGAAUUAGAGUGUAAGUGGAAACACCCACUAACGGGAUGCAGGGGGCAUUGUAUUCAGCAAAAACACUUUUAAAAGUCAUUUAAUUGACUUCUAAACCAUUUAUGUUUCAUACAAUGGGAUCUUCAUAUAGUAGUUGAUACUUGGGGAAACACAGGUGAAGUAUUUUUCACAUCUGUAGAUUUCUAUUACUAGGAGAGAAAUGGGGCUUGUAAUUCAGGCCUGAACAAGGUUACCCAUAGAAGAUGUAAUACAACUAAAUAUGUCUGUUAUCAAGCUACCAUCAGUUUUAAUGUGCUCCUUUUAAUAUUUUGUACUAAUAGAAUAUCUUUAGAUGAACAUAAGAAAGGAAAACACUUCAGAUAUAAAAAUCAAUGCAGGACAACAGAGGUUAUUUUAAUAAUCACUCUGAUUUUUUUUAUUUCUUUUUUUUUUUAUUUUGUUAAAUAGCAUCAUGAGCCUUUAAAUGUAUUUCCAGAUGUUUAUCAGAUAACGCAUAGGUAGUCUGUGUGUUAUAUUUUACUGGCCUAAAGGUUUAUUAUAAAGUUGUUUGUUGCUUACCAUUGCCUUAAAGGUAUUUUGGUUAUUUCAUUUAUAUGUAAUAGUUGUCACAGUUUGUGUCCAGGUCACUCAUGGCAUCCCAUUGCUGUGACUUAAAAUAACAUAUGGUCAGUCUGUAUUCAUGUCUGUAAAGGAACGGGAGUGGCCUGGUAGAGCUGCAUACAACUACAGAACAAAUGAAAUAUACACAACCAUCUUACAUUGUCGACAUGAGACAUAACAAUGUCUGUGAAAUCUGUAAACUAAAUUAAAUAGAACCUGUUAUUGUGCCUUCACUACGGUGUAUUGUAAUGGAUUACAUGUUAGAAAAAUAAGGCUGUAUAUUGGAAGAAUGCAGGUCUAAAGUCAGACCUAAUCUAUCUAUUCUUCUAUGGAUAAUUAAAACCCCAGAAUGUAUUUGCAUAUUUAUUUGCACUAUCUUUUUCAUACAAUAUUCUAGUAGACAGGCUCCCGUGAUGCUAAACUACAAAUAAGACUGAGUUUUUAUGACUACAAAUGAUGAGUACCAUGGGGAUGGACAGUAUUGCUCUGAGUUAUGGUAUACAGUGGCUGUUUCUAUAAGAAUAAAGUAAGACCAGUUUGAGUUGUGUUUGGCUAGCUGGUACCUGCCUGAGAUCCCAGCUGUCCACUGAGAUCACUUUUAUUUUUUGAACCCAGCAAGCUCUAGCUGAACCCAUCCCUUUCAGCAUUACACACAGCUCUUGAGUUUCAUCCCUUUGGUAACAUCCCCAAACAAUUUUACUGUUAACCUUUCCAAAUUGUUCAUGAGUAAGUUCUGUUUUCCUGAGAAAUAAUAACUCUUAACAGAUAAAAAAAGCUAAAUGGAGGAGAGUUUUGUGGUUGUUUUAGUAUUUUUUACUUAAGGACAAAAGGAUUUCACAGUUUAUUGGACAAACAUGAAGAUUGCUGUACACUAUUUAUUCAACCUAUAAUUUAUGUACUCUCUCAUCUUUGUCUUUUGUUAUGACAAAGCAUUUAUUUAAUAAAGUUAUGUAUACAAUU